AUGCGCCAGAAGGCUAGGACCCGGCCGACUGGUCCUGAUGUGAGAGCACAGGGUUUGGACACAGCGACACUGGGACGAAGCAUAUGUCAGCACAUAUCUGUGAAAGGCUUCUGCAUAAUAGAUCCAGAGGUCGAAGAGGAAUAUCUUGAUAGUGUACUGGCCGACAUCUCUGCCGUUGACGAGCAGGGCAGAUUCGUCUCGCUUCCGGCUGGCAUUGUCGAGGGCCUUCUGGGCAAAGAGGGCUCCUGCCGUGUGGCAGAUGUCGGUGUCACGACCGAGCAUGCGAUGGUGUCAGUGUUCACUGAAAGCUUUGUGCGCGACGGCGCUGCCCUCCGCUACUUCGAUGACGAGUUUUCGCGAUAUGCGAACCUCCUUUUUGCACACCUGGCUCUCGCGAAGAUACCAGUGACAUCUAGGUCCAGCUCGCUGCUUCAUGAGGCUGCAAAGCCGAAAUCCGAAGGUCCGGCACUGACCGAGGAGGUCUGCAGCAAGUGGCUGAGAGUCAUGAGCAGCCACAGGCUAAUCUGCAUUUGGUGCCUGGGUCCCGAGAACGGGACGCUCGAAUUGAAGCCCUGGGACGAGGAUGCCGAGUCCAUGCAGGUCUCCAUGAGACCGGGUCGCCUGGUGAUUGCUCGUGCCGAUGCGCUUCAUCACCGCUUUUCGUCUGUGGGUUGUGCCUACUGCUUGACAUGUUUUUUCAACAACAUCGUCGCUGCAGAGCAGGAGCCGGUAAGCCCGUGUGGCUUCGCACUGCAACAGUGGGCCAAAGAGAGGAUGACCCGCUACAAGCAGAGCACAGUGCAGGAGCAGAGAUACAUGGAGAUGCCCCGGGACUGGGAAGAGAAGAUUAAUCGAGAGAUGGUAAAUACCCAGCGGAUUGCUCUUCGAACUGCCUGCACCAAGCAGCCUGGAACGGAAGAUACCCUUGGCUUUGCUUUGGCCAUGAAUUCUGGUCCAGACUACGCGCUGAGCGUCCCCAUGAUGAGAUGGGAGCACGAGAUGGUCUACGAAGACGAUAUCAUGGCUUGGCAGAAUGGCAAGACGUGCUGCAUGCACGGUGCGUUCAUCGAAGGCAUUGAGCUCUUCGACUGCACUGCCUUUCGGAUCUCGAGGGCAGAAGCUUCCGGCAUGGACCCCGGCCAUCGUCUCACCUUGGAGACGGGGUACGAGGCGCUCGUGAAGGACGGCUACCGAGCGAACACUCUGAUGAACAGUCGGGGCGGCGUGUACGUCGCAAACCCUCCGCCAGUGGAGUGGGCAAUGACACCCAAGGACAUCAGUGCGGGCGGAGUGUGUGGUGGUGGUGGCAGCAUCGCCUGUGGCCGCUUCUCCUUUGUACAUGGCCUCAAGGGCCCGUGCAUCAGCGUCGAUGUUGAGGGAGCCUCCUCGCUGGUUGUCGUGAACUAUGCUUGUGCCAACUUGUCCUGGACGGGCGGCUGGGAGCCCAUCCCCUUCGCGCUCUGCAACAGCUGGAACCUCCAGCUGAACCCUGCGCCAUACGUCCAUCUAAGCUCGUGCGGACUGCUGUCGCCCAAGGGCCGAACCUUUGCGUUCGAUGCUUCUGCCUGUGGCUACAUCCGUGGAGACUGUGUGACCUCCAUCGUGCUUAAGGCAGGCAACGUUGAGGGAGAGGCGGAAAACGAGCUUGGAUACCUUGCAGGAAGUGCCACGAAUCAGAGUGGAAGGAGAAGUCACCUUGCUGCCCCUGACUGUCUCGCACUGCAAGAAGUGAUUCACGAGGCGCUGCGGCAAACACAGAUUACUGGUCUGGAUGUCGACGCGGUGGAAAGCUGUGCAGAUGGCAAGAUCCUGGACGAUUCUCUGGAGGCGACCGCCUUUGCUCGAGCGUACCGACCACAGGGCACACUGAAUGUCGAUGAUACAGCUCCGCUGGGCAUCAUCUCAGCCAAGUCGGGUGUUGGAAACCAGCUGGAGGCUGCCGGUAUCUCACAGAUCCUCAAGGUGAUCUUGGGAUCACGUGCAGCAGCCUUCCACCCAACGCCGCAUCUUAGGAUCGUGAAUCCACACAUCGACAUAGAGAUGUGCGAGCGGAAUGCCAUAAUCGCCGGUGAGAGCCUGGACUUCAGACUGCCGUCAACCUACACCGGGAUCCUGAACCGCAGCAUGGCUGGGACCAACUGCCAUGCCAUCGUCUUUGCCAAGGUGCCUUCAGAAGUUUAUCGACCCCGGAAGGCCAUUCAAGCGCCCUACAAGGAGGCUGUCCAGCCGAUCCUCUUCUGGCCGAAGGGAGGUGGCGCACUCGCCGAAGACAUGCAGCCUCGCAUGGGCUACAGCAUCAUGGGCACCUUCACAAGGUGGCGGCCGCAGCCGAUGCAGAUGGAGGGACCAGGCGUGUACGGGGCCACCAUCAUCCUCAGCGAGAACAGGUGGGAGCGCUUCCAAAUUGCCGUGGAUGGUGACACUGGGCGCGUGCUCCACCCGAUCCUGCCUCAGGGCGACAAGUGCUGUCCUGUUGCAGGGCCCGAGGCCGUGCUUCAGAUCCUCAGUUGGCACAUCGAGGGCCGCCCCAAAGACGCGAUGCAGGCGGAGGACCUGCCGGACACGAGCCAGCAGAAGCAGCUUACCAUUGGUGACAGCAGUGCUUGGACUGUCAUCGUACCUGAUGAGCUGCCUUCCUUCGACGACCAGACUGCCGUUGCAGGGGACAGGUUUCGGGUCCGUCUACACGUUCAGGGGCGCUGGAGGAUGGUGGACUGGGAGAAGCUGCCGAAGGAUGAGGAAACGGACACGCCUGCCGACCGAGCCUUCCGGGCAAGCUUGGAUGGACUCGUUGGCACUUACCAGGUUGUUGGCAGCUGGACCAUGAACGAUUGCCAGGUGCAGCUUUUUUUGUUUGCUAGCGCGAAUUGCUGGAUCGUGCGGGUUUCGGGGCAUGCUGCACUCUUUUGUUGGCAUUUGUGGCCCGUCCCAGUGCUUACUGCGACUGUAGCACAGCCGCCCCGUGGUUCGGACUACGUGGAUGCGGCCGGAGAGAAGUGCUCGGCCUCGGCCUGGUUGGCGGAGCAGCGUGAGUGCUUGAAUCUGGCCCCUGACGCUGGUGGCUGGCAUUCAACCAAGCUAUGGAUGCCAAAGUUUCAUAUCGCUUGGUGGGACCUGGCGGGCGAGAUCCCCUACACAGGAAAGCUGCUCGGUGGAAAUGGCGGCAGCCCGACAGCAGUGCGGCUUCGGGCUUUGCUCGAGGCUGGCGGCGCGAGUUUUUACGACGAUGACCGUCGCAACUUCCUGAAAUCGCCGAUGGUAUCCUUGGUGGCCAUAGGUGGUGUUCCAGUGAGGCCCACAUCAACUGAUACCUUAGAGAUGCUGUAUGGAGACACGGUCGUGCCCGUGCCUCUCGAAGGCAUUCGCAAGUCAUUGCGAAAUCAGAUGGGCAUGACGGCCAUGUUCUCCUAUCUCAACCGCAGAGCUGUUCCCGCCGAGGAGAUGUGGGAGGUUGUGGCCGGUCUCGGCCAUUUCUCCGUUGGUCACGCUGCCCACCUAUCCUUUGUGCUUGUCGGUCAUAGCUGCGCAGUGGAAAAUGAAAUCAACAGCCAGCGAGAUGUCGUGCAUCUCGGCCGUCUGACAGUGGCCAGAACCAGAGCACAGAAGGAUCCUCCGCUGGUCGUACAGCUGCCAGAACUACUGCCGGCGUACAAGGAGCUCCGCCAGAAGGUUGAGGAAUGCAUCCUCGCUGAAGUGGACAAGAGGCCAAAGAGUAAGUCCAUCUCCAUCCAAGAUUGGCAGGAAGCUCUGUAUUUGGGAUGGCCAUCUGCGAAGGCGCAUGUCGCCGUUCUGACGGGCAGCCUUCGCAACCUUCAGAAGUUGGUGAGCAGCAUCGAUGACGAGGGGAAGGAGGCCGAGUAUCGCGCUCUUCUCUGGCAGAUUGCUGUUGCGUGCCACAUCCUUCUGCCAGACAUGUUUCCGGAUCCCAGCACGAAAUUCAAGUGGCGGCCGCCAGAUCACAUGGGUGCUGUGAUCUUCUCGCGUCGCCCCAGCAGCACUUGCACCGAGUUGAGGCACAGGGGUGCCGGCGGUGCCCGUGAGGCAAGGCGAUUGAAGGGAGCUUCCGGACAGGUGACAAUCCCGGUAUCGGGAGAUCAGCAAUUCCACCUGCUGCGGAAUGAAGAUCGGAUUGAGCCCGGGGCAAAGGCUUUUGCGCUGCUCAAAGAACUGGGCGUUGACGAUGGGUUCGAGAGGUUUUGUAUUCCGAGGUUUGAGCGGCAGGCCGAAGCAGGAGAAGACAUGAUGAAGGUGAGCUGGGAGUGCGUCAGCACUGACGCCCCAGUGCCGGAGGAGUUGGCGCUGCUGCAUCUGCGACGGAAAUACAUGGUACGACUCUGCUUCGGAAGCUGGAGCAACCAUUCUUACAAAAUGGCUUGGCAAGGAAGUUACUUCCGCCUCUUCUUAGAGCUUAACGAGCUUGCGAAGGUUAGCUUCGUAAUCUACGAGGACGGCCAGACUUCCAGAUGCCUUUUCCCAUCGGUGAAGGACGCCAAUCCCCACGAAACCCACGAGCUGCAGGGCCCAGGCCCAGCAACCGAGGGUCUCUUCUGGACGAUCGGAGCGCACGAGAAAGACCAGGCGGUGAACGGAAGUCGCUACGAGCUCCGCCUGCACCUGGCAGAGGGCGGCGUGCCGAUGUCCGUCGACUGGGUCCGAGUGAAGUCGACAAAGGGUCUGGAGGAUGCAGCUGCUAACGGCAACUUCGUCGCAUGGCUACCAGCCGCCAGCUGA